AUGCCGAUGUCAGAGUCUGGGAUAUUCUUCUUCAGCAAAGACUCAGUGAUGACAAGCUUUACCUGUCUGUCCACAGCAGAACAUUCUUCAACUUCUGUGCAGGUACUCCUGUCUGUCUGUCUGAAACUUUUUCCUAUCAUCUGCUUAGACCUUUCGGAAGAGAUGGCUUUGUCAAAGUUGGAGUCUUUUAAUGGGUCUAAAAUAAAUGCCCUGAACAUAUCCCAGAAGAUGAUAGAGAUGUUUGUCAGAACUAAACACAAGAUUGACAAACGCCAUGAGUUUGCUCUGGUAGUUGUCAAUGAUGAUGCUCUGUGGCUGUCGGGCUUCACCUCAGACCCCAGAGAGCUGUGCAGCUGUCUGUACGACCUUGACACCAAUGUGUGCGAGACCUUCAACCUUGAGGAUCUUCUUAAUGUAAUACGUCAGAAGAUCGAGUUGCCGUCGAUGGACAAUGUUCAGACCGUCCCUCCGCCGUACGUGGUGCGGACUGUGCUCAUCUACAGUCGCCAUGCAGGACAGCUGCAGUUCAACCCAUCGGAGGCGGUAAAUAAAAUGCUGCAGUCUCCAUAUUUUUUCUUUGAUGUGGUUUACCUCCACAACGGGGUGGACGAGCAGGGGGAUGAGACCAGCUGGAGGGACAACUACACCUCUUUCUGCAACCUGGACUCAAAGGGAAUGUGCUAUCGCUUCGAGGUUUCCCUGACUGGACCGGCCAUCGAGCUGCACAACUGCAUGGCCAAACUCCUGGCCCACCCUCUACAAAGACCUUUCCAGAGCCACGCGUCUUACAGCCUGCUCGAGGGGGAAGACCCCCAGGACAUUGAGGCAACGGUCUAAAACGGGACACACUAACGCCCUGUUUCUCUGUAAAAUGCACACAAUGUAGUUGAUGACAAUUGGGUAUCUUUUCUUUAAGUCCAAUCAUUACUGAGGUAACUCCAUUAGCUGCUAUAGAAAAAAUAUUUGUAAGAAUAUUUGGGAAGCCAGGUGAAUUUCUAGAGAAACAAGAGGGUGUCAGCAGUUACUGUAAAUACAAUCAUUGUGUUUCCAUAGAAAAAUUAAUGAGUCAUUAAUUGUUUUAAGCUGGGGAAGUAACAACAUCAUCCGGUUGUUAGCUGUUGAAGUGCUGGAGGUCUCCUAGGUGACAGGAUGAAAUACAUGUCAGAGAGUCCAGGAGCAGGACACAAGUAGAAGGACAAAAUACAAAAAAUUAUUAAAAAUGAAGAUGGUUUAAUCAUCAGGCUUUGUUAAA